CCAUAGAAAACUCCUCAGCAAGCUACCUAACGAAUCUUUAGGUCGAUCUUCAUGGAGAUCAAGCUUGAGUUGUUAGCCUUCUCAAUAAGUUCAUAUCUUCUACUUUCAUUUCUUAUAAGGCCUGUGCAUGGUGCAACAAUUACGUCAUGUAGCCAAACCCCAUAUCCAGAAGCAUGCAAUCACUUCAUUAACACCAACAACCUUCCAUCAACCCUAGAUGAUGAAGAAGGGUCCAAAUUUCAUGACUUGGUCCACAAGGUAACCAUGCAUCAAGCAAUCGAAGCCCACCGGCUUAUCUCAGUCAUGGACACGAAUUUAUUCAACGAUCAAUCCAAGUUGGCAUGGAAUGAUUGUUUAGAACUGUACGAGGAUACGGUUAACAAGAUUAACCGCUCCACAGGCUCAAACAAUCCAGCCGAUGCAUUAACAUGGAUGAGUGCGUCCCUCGCCAACCAGCAAACAUGUCAAAACGGUUUUACCGACCUCCACAUGUCUUCUGAUUUACAGUACUUUCCGAAUAUGCUAAGCAACUUUUCGAAGCUUCUUAGCAAUGUUCUCGCAGUAAAUAAGGCGGCUGCGGCUGCUUCGUCAUCAGCUAUUUUACAUAGCAAACAGAAUGGUGGCCGGCGACGCUUGCUCUCCGACGGCUUCUUCCCGACAUGGGUCUCUGCUGCCGAUCGGAAGCUUCUCCAAACAUCAGGGGAUGCACCAAAAGCUGAUGUUGUGGUCGCCCAAGAUGGGUCCGGAAAUUACAAAACCAUUUCCGAGGCGGUGGAGGCAUCAGGUGGCGGUGGGAGAUUUAUUAUAUACGUGAAAGCGGGAGUUUACAAAGAGAACGUUGUGAUUAAGAAGUCAGAUAUAAUGAUUAUUGGGGAUGGAAUUGAUUCCACGAUUGUAACUGGUAACAGGAACGCUGGAGGUGGCUCGACGACUUUUAGAUCAGCGACUUUUGCAAUUUCCGGGGACCGCUUUGUCGCUCGGGACAUAACAUUUGAAAACACGGCCGGACCUCAAAACCACCAAGCCGUUGCAGUCCGGUCAGGAUCGGACUUCUCCGUUUUCUACCGAUGCAGCUUCAAGGGCUAUCAAGACACCUUGUACGUGUAUUCGCAGCGCCAGUUCUAUCGAGACUGCGACAUAUACGGCACCCAAGACUUCAUAUUCGGCGACGCCGUGGCCGUCCUCCAAAACUGCAACAUCUACGUCAGAAAACCCAUGAGCGGCCAGAAAAACACCAUCACUGCACAAGCGAGGACGGAUCCUAACGAAAACACCGGCAUCGUCAUACAUAAUUGUCGUGUCACGGCUACAGGUGAUUUGAGAGCUGUACAGAACUCGGUCGACACUUAUCUGGGGAGGCCGUGGCAGAAGUACUCGAGAACGAUAUUCAUGAAGAGUAAUUUAGACAGUUUGAUAAACCCUGCAGGUUGGCUUCCAUGGAGCGGAAGCUUUGCAUUGGAAACGCUUUAUUAUGGUGAAUAUAUGAACACAGGGAGUGGUGCUGAUACUUCUGGGAGGGUCAACUGGCCGGGGUACCACGUUAUAACGAGCCCAACGGAAGCCGGAAAAUUUACAGUCGGAAAUUUUUUGGACGGAGGUUCAUGGAUUCCGGACUCUAGGGUGCCAUUUGAGGAUGGUCUUUGAUAAGCUAUGAAUUUUCGUUUUCUUAGAAAGAUAGUGGGUGUCAAUAUAUCAUGAAUGUGUAAAUUAAUGGGAUUGUGACUUGAAUAAAUAAUUAAAUGAAGAAUAUAAAAAAUGGGAUUGUGACUUAGAGUAGGAUAAAUUAUCAUGUUGCUUGUGUUAGGUUCCGUUUUAUAGAUGCAUGGCAUAAAUUAAUUAAGGAAGAUGCUUAGCUGGGGCUAAUUUGUGAAGCCAGAAAAAGGUAAGGUAGGCAGGCCAGGGGAAAUGCUGGUCUAUCUGUAAGCUAGAUUGUAACUGUUAAUUAAAAUUAAGAUGUUUUUAUUUGUA